AUGGUAAAAGAAGUACAAAUACCAAAGGGAUGUUGUAUCCAGCUCUUGAAUGUGCCUUAUGGAUUCUUUGAAAAAGAAAUACAUGGCUAUUUCUCUCAAUUUGGAACUGUUGUCAGAGUUCGCGUCCCUAAAUCAAAAAAGGUUUGUUUUUAAUUUGUAUUCUAUGAUUUUAGGUAUGAUUUGAAGGUUUCUGAAGCCUUAGCUGACUUAAAGUUUAUUUAAGAGUUUUUAUGGUUUUUUACUUAAGGGGGUAAGAGUAGUCAAGCGAAUAAUUUAGCUUUCUUGUAACAUAAAUUUUAACAUAAUAAAUAUAAUUUAACAUAUUUUAGGGAGGCUUUAAAGGAAAAGCAUUUGUUUUGUUCGAUGAUAAAGAAGUAGCUCGUUUGGCAUCUGAAGCCAUGCACAACUACUUGAUGUUUGACAAGGUAGUAAAGUGUUCUGUGUUGAAAGACAUUCCAGCUGUAAUUAAGAGUGGACCUUUAUUUGCUCACAACGACGAACCUCUGAAGAACAGAAGGAGAGAAGCAAGACAUUUAGCCAGAGUCCGCACAGACGAUGAGGUUAAAUUGGAAAAAGUAAGCUUUUAAACUUAUGGGUAUUGAGGUGAAUCUAUUUUAUUAAAGAUACGUAUUUUAUUGCACAUAGUUAAAACCUGAUUUUGGGGUACACGUUUGUCAACACAAGUUGAAUCAAAAUUAAAAAUAUUUUUUAUGAUAAAAUUUUGUAUUCAAUUUUUGUAACGUAAGUAUAAACUACAGCCUAUACAAAUGAUGCAAAAAUGAUCUGAAUUAUUAUGUGUAAUCAUAGAUAUUUGAUUUUUCUUGACGUAAAUGUUAAUUUAAAGGUUUAGCUAUUGAUGUUGGAAAUGAUCUGAUUGGUUUUAGAUAAGGAUUGCCAAAAGCUUGAGGGCACAGUUGAAGAAGCUGAAGGAUAAAGGAUUUGAAUAUGAAUUUGACUAUUCGGCCAAGGAGAAAGCAGCGUUCAAAGAUAUUGUCUAA